GAAUUUGCUUACUAUUUUAUUCGGCAUAUUUUCUUUUAAUUUAUUUAAUAUUAUUUUUUAUUAAAUAGUGUACCCUAAUGUUAAAUUUUUGAAUCUGUUAAGUUCUUCUAAUUUUGACUAAGCACUAUACUUCACGUGUUUUUUUAAGAACACACUGUUUUCUCUCAUCAAAAAUGAAUGGAGAAUGCAAACUAGAAUACCGCGAAGCGGAUAUUACUCAUGCUGAACGUAUGAAAGAAGAAGCUAAUACACAUUUUUCUGUUAAAAGGUAUGCAGAAGCUAUUGAAUGUUAUACUAAAGCUAUUGUUAUGUGUGAAAGUUCUUCUAAUAAACCACACAAUUUUGCUGCAUAUUAUGCUAAUCGAAGUUUUGCAUAUUCUAAAACUGAGGCAUAUGGUUAUGCAUUAGCUGAUGCUUCUAAAGCCAUUCAACUGGAUCCUAAAUAUUUGAAAGGCUAUUAUCGAAGAGCAACAGCAUAUAUGUCACUAGGGAAAUUUAAAGAAGCUUUGAAAGAUUAUGAAGUUGUUGUCAAAGCUUUACCUAAUGAUAAAGAUGCUAAUCAAAAGUAUACAGAAUGUAAUAAAUUGGUUAAAAGACUAGCCUUUGAAAAAGCUAUUUCUGUAGAAGAUUCUAAAAGUGUUUCUGAACAAAUUGAUCUAGAAUCAAUGUGUAUAGAAGAUGAUUACAACGGUCCAAGCCUUGAAAAUGGUAAAGUUACGCUUGAAUUCAUGAAAGAACUUAUCAAAACUUUUCGAGAACAAAAUAAGUUGCAUAAAAAAUAUGCUUACAAAAUUUUGUUGGAUGUUAAAAAAUAUUUGGAAAAACAACCAACUCUUGUUUACAUUAAUAUCAAAGAUGAUGAAAAGUUUACUGUAUGUGGUGAUAUUCAUGGACAGUACUAUGAUUUAUUAAAUAUUUUUGAAUUGAAUGGAUUGCCAUCAAAUUCUAAUCCUUAUUUGUUCAAUGGAGACUUUGUUGAUCGGGGAUCAUUUUCUGUUGAGUGUAUAUUUACCUUAUUUGGUUUUAAACUUCUUUUUCCUGACAAGUUCUUUAUGUCUCGGGGGAAUCAUGAAAGUGUAACCAUGAAUAGAAUGUAUGGAUUUGAAGGUGAAGUAAAAUCUAAAUAUUCUGUGGAGAUGGCUAAUUUAUUUACUGAAGUAUAUAAUUGGCUUCCACUUGCUCAUUGUAUCAAUAAACGUGUAUUAGUUAUGCAUGGAGGACUAUUUUCAAAAGAUGAUGUUACACUUAAAGAUAUAGAAAAUAUUUAUCGAAAUAGACAGCCUCCAGAAGAAGGAUUAAUGUGUGACAUACUGUGGUCAGAUCCACAAGAUGCAUCUGGACGAUCACCUAGUAAACGUGGUGUUGGUGUACAAUUUGGACCAGAUAUCACAAAAAAAUUUACAGAAUUAAACAAUUUAGAUUACAUUAUACGUAGUCAUGAAGUUAAGGCUAAUGGAUAUGAAGAAGCUCAUGAUUCAAAGUGUGUGACUGUAUUUUCUGCUCCUAAUUAUUGUGACACUAUGGGUAACAAAGGAGCAUUUAUUAAACUUGAGGGUCGAUGUCUUAAACCCAAGUUUACAACUUAUACAGCUGUUCCACACCCACCAGUAAAGCCUUUAAUGUAUGCUAAUUCUUUAGUAAAUCUGUUUUGUUGAUGAAAUAAUUUUUUUUAUUAUUUAUAUACAAGUUAUUAAUGUUAAUUUGUUUGCCUAACAUAAAAUAAAAUGCAUUUUUUUUGUAA